AUGGAAACCGAAAAACCAAAUACAGAUGUUAAAGUAGCCCAAGACUUGGAGAAAUUAAAAUUGGAUGAAAAACAUAAGGAUGAAAAGAAAGAUAAAAAGGAUAAGAAAGAUAAGAAGGAUAAGAAAGAUAAGAAAGAAAAGACUCCAGAAGAGAUUGAAGCUAAACGUUUAAAGAAAGAAGCCAAAAACAAAGAUAAAACUCCAGAGGAAUUAGAAGCUAAACGUUUAAAGAAAGAAGCUAAAAACAAAGACAAAACUCCAGAGGAAUUAGAAGCCAAACGUUUAAAGAAAGAAGCUAAAGAAAAAUCAAAAUUAGAAGGAAAGAAAGAUAAAGAUCAUAAAGAUGAAGGAAAGAAAGAUAAAAAAGAUAAAGAUCACAAAGAUAAAGAUCACAAAGAUGAAGGAAAGAAAGAUAAAAAAGACAAAGAACAUAAAGAUGAAGGAAAGAAAGAUAAAAAAGAUAAAGAACAUAAAAAAGAAUAA